AUGAAUGCUACAAAUAGUAUCGACAAUGUUCUUUUGGCCGUCCCAUAUCAACUCAAUAUUUGGUUUGGUUCAUUUCUUUGGAUAGCAGGUAAUCUUGGGUGCAUUGGUAAUAUGAUAGUGUUUUGGUCUCGAUCAUCUCGUAAACAAGCGUAUUCAAUUUAUUUAUUAUCGGCAGCAGUAGCUAAUUUACAUUAUUUUAAUUUUGUAUUACUUACACGAAUAAUUCAAAAUGGCUUUCAAUUUUCACUUAUGAAUCGUUUCAUUAUUCUCUGUAAACUUCGACAAUUUAGUACAAUAUGGGGUAAUGUGGUGUCUUUUAGCUUAUUUUCAUUUGCAACCAUUGAUCGAAUUUUGUCAACACAACGUUCAAAUAGAUAUCGACAAUGGAGUAAUCGUGUUUCUCUCGCAUAUAUAAUGAUCUUUUUAAUUCCACUCUUUUGGUUUCUUCUUCUUGGUCAUCGAAUUGUUUUAUAUAGAAUAAAUAAUGGCACUUGUGGUCCUUUAGAAGGUUUCUAUGCUGUCUAUGAUAAUUACUUUCAAGUUAUAUUUUCUUCACUUGGUCCAGUAAUUGUUAUGUCUAUCCUAGCUUAUCUUCUAAUGAAAAAUGUUCGAGGAGUUGUUCAACGAAGAAUUCAACCCAUUAAUAGUGUCUGUUCAAUCAGCAUACCAAAUAAGUCAAUAAUCAAUCAAAUGGAUUCACAAUUAACAAUAAUGUUAACAUUAGAAUCAUUAAUUACUAUUGUAACAUAUGUUCCAUAUGCUACCCGAUUAACUUAUGCAAAUAUAACACAUCAAUGGUAUAAAACACAAUUACAAUUGGCUUGGGAAGAAGUAAUUGCUGAAUUAAUUCAUUUAUUUUCAUAUCUUUUUUUUGUGACAAGUUUUUAUGUAUCGAUCAUUUCAAGUACUGGUUUUCGUCGAAAGUUCAAACAAACAUUACAAAUGAAAAAACGCAAUGACUCGGCAACCCAUAUAAUUGCUUUUCAGCGUACCUGA